AUGUUAAGAAGGCAAAGCGGCUUGCUUCUUUCCUCGAUCGCUGCUCGCCACAGAUUUCCCGUCAUGCCGUGUCUCAACCGUGGCGGUGCCGAUCCCUUCUGCAGAAACGUCUCUUCUUUGUCGAAUCAACCAAGCCUUCCUUCAGUUGAGCUCUCUCGUCGUCGCUUAGCUCUCGGGGACAGUCUUUCUGAUAAUGUCCUGUCCGGCGGCAACUCGUCUUUGAAAUCUGUUUCCAGCCUGGGAUUGACAUUGAAAUGUUGCCAUGAUCACCGAAAGAAGGCUCUGAAUGAUCAGAGGGCACGUACACUUUCCCCUUUUAAUCAGUCGGUGCGACAUUCGAAAUCUCCAAUUGAAGAAAUUAACGGCAGGAGCGCUACUAAUGCUGGAUUGGUGAAUGGUCAUACCGUGCGCCAAGGAGGGCAGCCUCUUGGAUUCAGCAGAAUCUCUGCAACGAACAGAGUUGUUGUUGCAGUUGAUGUUGACGAGGUUCUUGGAAACUUCGUGUCAGCCUUGAACAGAUUCAUUGCAGAUCGUUACUCCAUGAAUCAUUCGGUAUCAGAAUACCAUGUCUACGAAUUCUUCAAGAUAUGGAACUGCUCAAGAGAUGAAGCUGAUAUUCGUGUUCAUGAAUUCUUCAAGACGACUUAUUUCAAGAACGGGAUCUAUCCCCUUCCUGGGGCACAGCAGGUGCUUCAUAAGCUGUCAAGCCUCUGUAAAUUAUCCGUUGUGACGUCUCGCCAAAACGUCAUCAAGGAUCACACUGUUGAUUGGCUAGAUAAGCACUAUCCAGGACUGUUUCAUGAGAUUCACUUUGGGAAUCACUUUGCGUUGCAAGGAGAGUCUAAACCCAAGUCGGAAAUAUGCAGAUCUUUAGGUGCAGAACUUCUGAUUGAUGACAACCCAAGGUAUGCAAUGGAGUGCGCAGAAGCUGGGAUUAGGGUUUUGCUUUUUGAUUAUGAGAACUCCUAUCCUUGGUGCAAGUCAGAUUCUGUGGAGCAACAUCCCUUAGUCACCAAAGUAUAUAACUGGGAGCAAGUAGAGAAGCACAUAGUCUCACUGAUUGCCGCUCCUUAG